AUGGCGACUCCAGGAAAACCCAGCAAGAAGGAACUGAGAAAGCAGACUCCAGCCAAGACGUCCUUUACGUCACCCUUCACCUCCAAGUGGAAGCUGCUUCCUCAAGACGACGUUCAGUUCAUCCUGCAGACUGUGAAGGACAAGCUGAGCUCCACGGGCCUCGAGAAGAAGGAGGUGAAGGUGUUUCGGCCGUGGAGGAAAAAGAAUGAGCAGAAACUGUCCACCACGACGGAGCCUGUUCCUCAGCCGAGCCGACAGGAGCCUGAUGCCGCCGGGAACGGCUGGACGGACGUGGUGGCCCGGCGGCAGCUCGCCAUCGGCAUCAACGAGGUCACCAAGGCUCUGGAGAGGAACCAGCUCAGACUGCUGCUGGUGUGUAAAUCCGUCAAACCCAACCACAUGACGAACCACCUGAUUGCUCUGAGCGCCAGCAGAGGCGUGCCGGCCUGCCAGCUGCCUCGGCUGAGCCAGAGCGUGUCGGAGCUGCUGGGCCUGAAGAGCGUCCUCGCCCUGGGCUUCAAACAGAGCGGCUCUACCGACAAGGAGGUGUUCGAGGACACCGUGGAGGCCAUCAGACACAGAGUUCCUUCAGUGAAGGUCAGCUGGCUACAAGGUGAAGCAUCCAGAGACACACCUGAGUGUUCUGGAGCUGCUGAAGCGAGAGGCCAGAAACGUAAACUGGAGAGCGGAUCUGAGGAGCCUCCCUCCUGCUGCACGCUGCAGCCGCUCAAAGUGAAGAAAAUAGUUGCUAAUCCUGCAAAGAAAAGAAAAGUGAAGCCAAAGAAACGGAACGUGGAGUAGACAGAAGCUCUGCUGGAACAUUCCUGGGUUUUCUUUUUAAAACUCUUGUGACACCUCAAGUAAUUUUUCUUUCUCAGAUUGUUUUAUUUUAAGGAUUUUUUAAGGCCCUGAAAGUGGAAAAACGAUCUAAAAUAUAAAAAGUCUGAAGAAAUAAUCAGUUUUGGGGAACAGAAAGGUUUUGUUGAGGCCAAGGAGGAUGAAGCUGGUGAGACGAGAGGCCAGAAAUGUUCACUGGGGAGUGAAUCCGAGGAGUUUCAUUCCUCCGGCAGCCUCUCAGAGUGAAGAGAGGAGUUGCUAAUCCUGCAAAGAAAAGAAAAGUGAAACCACAGAAACUGUCAAAUGAAACAGAAGCUCUGCUGGACUAUUCCUGUGUUUCUGCAUGUUGUAUCUCAGCGGUUUCCAUUUAAACUGAGACUGCUUUUAAUGCCUCGAUUCACUUUUCUUCUCAGAUUUUUUUACUUCAAAGGAUUUUUGAAGUUUGAAGAAGUAGAACAAAAAGGUUUGGGGAAUUAAAAGUUUUUGUUGAGUUCAUUAAACGCAGAGUGCCUUCACUGGAGGUUACCUGGCUGCAAGGUGAAGCGUCCAGAGACACACCUGAAAAUUCUGCUCACAUUCAUCAGGAUGCUCUUGGUGCUGGUCCUUGGGUUCUUCUUGGCCUCCACCAUUCUUCCAGUGCAGGGCUCACGUCUGUCCUCCUGCAGCCCUUUGACAUGUUCCUCAGUGAGGAACUCCUUGGACUUCUUCAUGAAGCUUCAAACUGUGAACACUGGAGCUUGAAAAGACUUGAUAUGACCUUAAACAUCUUGUUUGCAGCAGCAAUGUGCAACUGGAGCUCCUCAAUAAGCUCUUGACUUGUAACUGACUAGAGAACUACUGCAUCAGCGGUUUACAAUUUAUGUUGUAUUAGAACGCUCUAGAACAUGGUAGAAACUAGUAGGAGCAUUUGAAGAGGCAUAGAAAUGACAUUUUCCCAAAUGUUUGCAAUAAUUUCAAAGGAUAUGUAUAAUUUUGGACACUUGAUUGGGAUUUCUCAUUAGAAGAAAUCUAUGUGUCAACAAAACAUUAAAAAAAAAACCUGAAAGUGGAAUUUCUGCUCUAUUUGGAUCAGAUGGGAUUCUGUUGAAGUGCUCUGAUUUCAAUAGCUGUGCUUUUUCUACUAUUUUGAGUCAGAAUGUGUUCGGUACAAUAAAACACCCACGCUGCCAUAAAGACUCAUCACUCGAGUUCCUUUUUAAAGUGAGUUUAUUCAAUCAAAUAUCCAUGCUGGUAUAGCUGACGUGUGUGUUGAAACAGAUUGUUAUUUGCAUGGGGUCAUGUCUAAAUGAUGCUGGUACAAGUUCUUCAGCUUUUUCACAGCUUACAAUGGAGUUGAAUAAAAAUAUUGUUCUUCAGUCAGA